AUGGCGCCACGGCAGAGCGUCGCGCCCAUGCCUGUGCCAGCCAUUCUGGGCCACCUCGAGCUCAUCGCGCGCAAGACGGGCGUCAAACUGAAUGGCUUCCCGAUUGAUGCCGAGCGUGUCACUUUCGGUCGCGACGAGGACUGCGACGUUCGAAUUUACGUCCCCGACGUGUCGAAACUGCACGCCGAAAUCGAGUUUGACUUGGAGACCGGACAAGCCGCGCUGACGGUGCACGGCACCAAUGGACUGGUGCACACGCCAUCAGGCGGCAAGCCGACCAAGCACCGCGCGGGUGCCAUCAUCGCCCUCGGCGACGGCGACCAGCUGCUUUUCGCCAAGAAGCUGUUCCGCUUUACGUAUGGUGCGGGCUCCACGUCUUCAGGCUACGACUCGCCUGCCCCAUCGCCCGUCAAGCUCCCGCAUGUGCCCGGCUCUCCGGGCCCGAGCGAAGUACCGAGCACUCCAGUUAGGCGACGCGCGAGCCACCGCCUCUCGAUCGUGCCGCAAGGCAGGCGGUUUGUGCCCCUGCAGCCGCGACGGAGUACGCUUGGUCUCGGGCUGCCUGUGACUGCGGAUGAGGAGGAGGAGGAAGAGGAGCCGGUGCAGUUAGCCGGCGACGAGGGUGACACUCUCUUCGUCGAGAAGCGAGGAGACGAACCCAAGAUCUUCGAGAAUGCGUUCAUGACGCCGCAGGUCAAGCGCAAAGUGGAGCCGAGGAAUACGAGCGUCGUGCCGAGGCGCAUCCGAUUUGCUGAGGACACGAAGCGCGUUGAGGAGGAGCCAGCUGAGGAGCCCGAAGCUGCCGAGCCGCCGGCCGAGACGAACGUCGCCGAGCCGCCAUCGCCUGAAGCGCUCGAGGACGCAGAGGAAGAGCACGAGUCACCGCGCACACCGCGCUUCGUUCCCCUACCUGCAUCGGAAACGACUCACGAGACGCCGUCUCGCACUGGACCCCAGAUCACCGCUCAGGUUGCGUACAGCACUCCCCGCGGAGACGCCUCGCUCCGCAAACUUCUCCUGCUCCGGUCCGCCCGCAAGGUCUGGGAAGAGUCGCAGCUGCAGCGCGGCGUCGACGGCGGCAUAGCUAUGGGCUCUGUCGAGACGCGGCGCAAGUCAUUCGGGCGCACGAGUUCGCGCAAGUCUUCCCCGCCGAAACCAAUCAUCCCCGACUCGGACUCGGAUUCGUCGGACGAUGAGAAUGAUGAAAAUGCUCCUCCGGUUGAGAGUCCCGCAAAGGAGGGCGAGCUCAAGUGGAUUUUCGAGGAUGGGCAGAACAGCUUUGAGGACUCGGACUCUGACGGAGGGAGCUUGUCUAGCGACACGAGCAUCCCGGGACAGGGCGUUAUCGACUUUGGCGAUCUGGCUGGGCAGUCUGACGGCGACGAGGCGGAAGCGGUCGAGGACGAAGAGGAGGAGGAAGACGAGGAUGCCGAAGGUGAGGCGGACGAGGACCACUGGGAGCUCUCUGUCGAGUCGAGCGCCUCCGAAGCCGAUAUCUCGGGCGACGUCGACGACGCUGUCCCCGAGAAGACCUCUCCUGGCACUGAGCCCAUCCAGUUGACUCCGCCCAAGGCUCCGACCCCUCAGCGCAGCCCUCGCCGUGGGCCUCGCGUUUCGCACACCGGAUUAAGUGAGAUUGGCGGCCCCGCUGUGCGCUUCACGCCGGCUGAGAAGCCCCGUCCCGUUACCACUGGCCUCCUCACACCGUCUAGGCGCGGCUUAGGCCACCCCGUGCGCGAGAUGGGACCGGGCGAGGGCGAGUCGUUACUCUGGUCGCCUCUGCGUCCCUCGCAGCCCGAAUUCAAGGCUCCCGAAGUGAAGAGCAACCUCCCCGACUUCCUGAUGGACGACGACGACAUGCCAUCCAUGACGCCGCUGAAGGCGACGAGCCUGUUCCCGCCGUCGUCUGACGUGCAGACGUCGACGCCAAAGAAGAGCCGCAAGUCGAUGCCUGAGACGCCCAGGGGUCUCACCCCCGCGCAGAGGCAGGCGCUCGGCACGCCGCGCCGCCUCGGUCUUCCCGAGGGCUCGUUCACGAGGGCGCAGCCCGCCACGCCGAGCGCCACGCCGCUCAAGGGUCUAGAGCUGGCGCCUCGGCACAUUCUCACCCCCGGCACGCCCAUGGACGAGAUCAAGCGGCGCCUCUCGACGCUUGCGCUCAAGACGGCGACGCCGGCCAAGGAGCGGCGAAAGACGUUAGACUUUGCCGUGCCGAGCACGCCCCUGGGCGCCACCGCGCGCAAGAAGCGCCUCUCGAACAUCUUUGACGUCGUCGAGGAGCUCCCGUCUCCGACGCCCGAGGGCACGGUGGGCGAGGACGCGCUGGCCGAUGCGGAGGAGGAGCCGGAGAGGGAGCAGCCUGAGGCUUCGCCGACGUAUGCUCUGCGCCGUACGCCUCGGCGUAUCCAGCAGCCGGUGCACUCGACCCCGAAGACCACCCCGAGCAAGACGCCAAAGUCCAAGACUGCCUCUCCUGUGGUCGCUGGGGACAUGUACGACGCCGCGACGGCCGAGGCGGACGAGGCGGAGCACGCCCCGUCUCCGGGCCGCAAGACGCGCACGAAGAAGCGUCCCAGCAACGCGCACCAGCUGCCGCCCAUGACGCCCGACCUGACCGGGAUCAAGCACAUGUACGCGGCAAAGGAGGCCGCGACGCCCGCGCUGUCGGGGCUCAAGGAGAUGUACGCGGCGCCCAAGGAGGCGGAGACGCCCAAGCUCGCGGGUAUUCGGGAGAUGUACGCCGCGCCGAAGGAACAAGCGACCCCAGACCUGAACACGAAGAGUCUCUAUCCCUCGCUGCCGCAGGCGACGCCCGCGAUGUCAGGCAUCAAGGAGAUGUACGCCGUCCCGAAGGAGCAAGCCACGCCCGACCUGACGGGCGUGAAGCAGCUCUACCCCAAGCUCCCCCCGCCCACGCCUGCUAUGGAUGGCGUGAAGCACCUGUACGCGAAGACUGCGUCGACGCCGGCCCUCUCGGGUGUUCGGGAGCUGUACGCGCAGCCAAAGGAGGCGGCGACUCCCGCCCUCGACGGUGUCAAGCACAUGUACGCGCAGAAGGGGGCCUCUACUCCUUCUCUGUCAGGCAUGCGCGAACUCUACGCGCAACCCAAGGAGGCCGCCACGCCCGCGCUCGACGGUGUCAAGCACAUGUACGCGCAGAGGGAAGCCGCCACGCCCGCCCUCGACGGCGUCAAGCACCUCUAUGGCAAGCAGGCGACCACCCCCAAACUGUCCGGGAUGAAGGAGAUGUUUGCGCAGAAGCGCGAGAAGGCGUACCGCGCUAGUGUCGGGGACUUCUUCCCGGAGCUUCCGGAGCGAGAGGCCGAGGCGGCGGCAGCGGUCCCGACGGCUCUUGAGCGCAAGGAGGCUGUGGAGGAGGCAGGACCAGAACAGGAGGCUGAGGCUGACGAGGAGCCGGAGGCGGAGGUUGAAGAGCACCCUGAAGCUGGGCAGCAGCCCGAAGCUGAGCCCGAAGUGGAAGAGCAACCAGAGCCUGAAGCUGAGGAGCAGCAUGAAGCUGAAGCCGAAGCCGAGCCCAAAGAGCAGAAGCGUCCCCCUUCCGCCCUCUCCCUCUCGAGCUCCACAGGCUCAACGGCUAGGAGCCGUCUCCCGCGCAAGGUAUCCGCGCCUCGCCCCGCCACCACUGCGCCGUCGCCGCCCAAGUCUCGUUCCCGCCGAACCGAGCCCGAGGUCAAGUCCACUUCGACACGCACAACCAGGGCCAAGUCGAGGGAGCCGCCCGAGCCCGCCUCCACAGCCACGCGGCGCUCCACGCGCCAGACCUCGCAGGCGCCCUCCGAGCCCCCCGUGUCCACCGCAUCGACCGCCUCGCGCCGCAGUACCAGAUCCACCUCCACGGCGCCCGAGGAACGCGUCGUCCGCCGCACGCGCUCCCGCCAAGUCCUCGGCGAGGCGGAGCAGCCCCGUGCUCCCUCCCCCGAGCCCGCGUCCGCGCCCUCAAAGCCCACCCGUUCUCGUGCCAAGUCGACGGAGGAGAAGCCUCGAACACGCGCCAAGACGCCCGAGUCCAAGCCGACCCGCUCGACACGCACGCGCAAGGCCGAGCCCGAGCCCGAGUCCAAGCCGACGAGGAGCACGCGCUCCGUCUCGGGAACGGCGGGAUCGGCGAGGGGUAAGGGCAAGGAGGAGGGAAAGGAGGAGAAACCCACAGGUCUCCGCAAGCCCGUGGUUAGGACGAAGGAGAACGAGGCGCCGGCCGUGGCUGUCGCGGGGAGGACUAGGAGUCGCAAAUAA